UAGAACCUCGUUAAUUCGACACUCGAUAGUUCGACAGUCCGUAUCAUUCGACACCAGCCGUGACCAACAUAACGUGACAGCAGGGACAAGUGGUGUCCUUGACGGGCCCGCCAUUGUUGCCGUGAACGCGCGCCACUGCCCUUUGUAUAGCGCAUCCUCCUCCCCCUCCCCCUCUGACUCACCCGCUAUUCUUAGUCGUCAACUCAGUUCGCUCGUGACGCUGCGGGAGUUAAGACGCGUUUUUGUUCCUUUCGUGAUACGUUACUGUUUUACGAUCGUUAGACAUACGUAGUUGGUGUUACUGAACUGCUUUGUAAUUUGUUUGUUUUUUAAAAUGUCAGAUAAAAAACGUAAAAGGUGCUUUGUUACGAUGGAAAUGAAAUUAGAUGCUCUAAAAAGGAUUGACAAAGGUGAAAGUGUACAGAAAGUGGCGAGUGAUUUGAACGUUGGUCGGUCAACAGUGAUUGGAUGGAGGAAGUCUAGAAAUGAAAUUGAGUCUUGGUGUGUGAAAAGAGUGUGUUCAGAAUCGUUAGACAAGAGGAGGAGUAUGAAGAGGUCUGAGUAUGAACAAGUAAGUGAAGCUCUUUUCCAGUGGUUUAGGAUUCAGAGGGAGAAAGGGACACCGAUCUCAGGACCGAUUUUACAGGAAAAGGCCUUGAAAUUUUAUCAAAACUUUAAAGAAGAGGGAGAGCCUGAAUUCACAGCAAGCUCUGGAUGGCUGGACAGAUGGAAAGAGAGGUAUGGUAUUAAACAAUUGAGCAUUUGUGGAGAAAAACUGUCAGCAAAUCUCGAUAGUUCACAUGAUUUUAAAAUGAAAUUUCAAGCUUUGAUUGAAGAAUUAGGCCUUAGUGGAGAGCAAAUCUAUAACUGUGAUGAAACUGGUCUGAAUUUUAGAAUGCUCCCAACAAAAAGUUUGGCUCUCAAACAAGAGAAAGCUGCAGCAGGAUAUAAAAAAAGUAAGGACAGAGUUACUGUGUUGGCUUGCAGUAACGCAACAGGAACUCAUAAAUUAAAAUUGGCUCUGAUAGGAAAGGCCAGGAAACCUAGAGCCUUCAAAAAUAUUAAAAUGAAUGGUGACCAUUUUGACCUCCCCGUUUUUUACAGACACCAAUCAAAUGCUUGGAUGUCAGAGAGCAUUUUUAACGAAUGGUUUCACAAACAGUUUGUGCCCGAAAUUAAGAAGCAUCUAAAGUCCCAGAACCUUCCAAUGAAAGCACUCUUGAUCCUCGACAACGCAACAACGCACCCGGCUGUAGAUGUCAUUCAAGACGGAGAAAUUAAAGCUAUGUUCUUGCCCCCUAACGUAACCUCCCUUUGCCAGCCUAUGGACCAAGGAGUUUUGGUAACGCUUAAGAAGUUGUAUAGGAAGAAACUCCUUUCAUGUCUCAUUCAAGCCCUAGAUGAAGGAGUCGAAUUAGUGGAUAAGUUAAAAAAAAUUGAUAUGCUGGAUGUUGUUGGCUGGAUUUCCCAGGCAUGGGAUGAACUCAAUCCCCUAACGCUCGUGCGUUCUUGGAGGAAGCUCUUGGACCACCAGGGAAAUGAGUUCAACGAAGAAAUUAAAGAUGACGAGCUAGCCACUUUAAUGGAAAAAAUCCCAGGUUGUGAAGAAGCUUCACCUACAGAUGUUUUCGAGUGGAUGGAACAAGAUGAAGAAAGCGGACCAACUUCAGAGGAAGAAAUAGUUGAUGCUUUAAAAUCAAGAGAGGAUAGUGAAGAAGAGUCAGAAGACGACGAAGAUACCACUCAAAAAUCAAAACUGACACACAGCGAAGGUGUAAAAUUCUUCGAGGGAGCGAUCCAGUAUUUACAGGAACAAGGGACGACUGGAAUGGACAUUUUGUUUCUUCGACGAUUACGUGACGAGGCGGCUCGGCGAAGAAACCAAAGUGAAAAACAAUUAAAAAUCACAAACUAUUUUGCGUUGUAAAAAGUAAAACAUGAUGUAACCAUGUUACAAGUUAUAGUUGUCCCAUAUUAAUUUAUUUUUGUAUAUACAUUUUGUUUUUUAUCUAGCCUAUAUUAUGAAUUGAGUUUGUUUAUUUUUACAUUUAUUCAUUUAAUCAUUAACUAUUUUAAGAGGAAGAAGUACAGCACUGUAAAACAAUGUAAGUUGAUACAUUUUGUUUCAUCAGUUUAAUAUUUGUUUAGUUGUACAUUGUUAAUUAAAUUACAGUCCAUCUUAACAUAAACUCGCCUUUUUAAUAUUCCUUGUGUUAAAAUCUAUAUACUCCCUAUAGUUCGACAUCUUGAUAGUUCGACACCCCGUUAGUCCACAAAGUGUCGAACUAUCGAGGUUCUAC